GUCACGCACUUCCUCUGGGAAAGUAUUCCCUCCUCCCUGGACUAGGCGACGGGGGAGGAGCCAGGGAAGUAGAGUGGGAGGGUUGGAUACCGCACACGUGCUUCCGCAGCCUCGCCGUUCACACCUGCAUCACACCUGCGGCUCCUCACCACCGCGGCGCAACACUCCUCCCAGUACAAGAGGCGCGGGCUCGUCAUCAUGCCCAAGAUUCAGAAAUACAAGGCAGCGUCCACUGGCGAAGAUACGAGUUUCCGUAACACUACUCAGCUGCAUCCUAAGAUUCGUCCUUUGACACGAAUUCUCUCCAACUCAACUCUCAGCUCCGAUGCUCAUCAUACAACCAGCACAUCCAGUAAGAGCAAGAACACCACUAGUAGCGCAAGCACCAAUGUCAGUAAAACAUCAAAAACCGUUGCAGAGACGACAGCAGCAUCACAUACAACCAAUAUAAAGAACAUAUCCAACGAGAACGAAAGUGAAAACAAGCCAGACAACAAAGUACCCGAGCUGGUCCUUCCAGAAAACACUGUAGAGGUUCACUUCAUUCCUGAUUCUGAGGGGAACAUCACACGCAUCCCGGGCCGCAAUGACAUCGUUCAGCUACGCCACCAUGGCCGCCUCAUCACUUUGCCUGUUGUCCCCACGGAUUCAGAACAGAGCAAAACUCAAAAUACAUCCCAUUUUUACAAAGAUUUCGAAACAACUGCCCAAGAAACUCAAGAAUCACCAGUGGAUUUCAGCCCUGGAGGACCUCGAGGGGAUCCAUUGUUAGCCAGAACAGCUCAGGUGACCUCUCCCUCUCCUGCCGGUGACAUUUCUGUGGAUUCGGGUGUCUUGGACGUGUCUGGAGGGAGCAGCAGUGAGGGCCUCAGUCUCCCAUCCACUGAGCUCUUUCGAGAGGAUCCUGCUCUUACCGCCAGCAAUCUCACACCCACACCUACCGCCAAACUACCGAGCAUAGAGAGUGCAUUUAGUAGAGUAGGAGAGGUGUUCCAUGGCCACGACGUGCCCAUCAUCAUCAGCAGCAGCAGCUUGGUCUCAGAACCACCCGCUGCCCACACCUCUGAUCCCGCGCCCUCCUACACCACCCUCAGAACUGUGUCCUCCCUGUACAGCCCCUCAUAUGCCGGACCCUCGCAGAUACUCGCCCAUUCUACCCCAAGUACUCUCACAUCCCUACCCACAUCCACUGCUAUCGGCCACGAGUCUCUAUACGUUGAUGCCACAGCGAAUAUUAGCCAUUACCAGCCAGUCACCCCGCCAGGUACCUUACUCACACCCACAGAUCCCAGCCACAUCCAUCACUUGAUGCCAGCAAUCCAUUCCUAUCCUGCAGAGUACACCAUCAGACAUGGAGACCAAGCCACCACCGCCCCGGGGAUGGGGCUGCCAUACCCUUACUCCUCCUCUGCUUCCCCCUCCACACUGGCCAAAACACUCCGAACCUCACCUCAUAGUAACACUACUCCCGUUACUACAACAACCUCCACCACGGUUGGUGUGGCAGGCAUGCGUGGGCUGGUGGCAGGCAAUGGAAGCAUUCCUCCCCGCACGGGUCCAGGAUCAAGGGGCGGAAGAGCGCGCUCUCAGAGAGUUCAUGAGAAGCUUUCUAGAGAAGAAUACAAGAAGUCAGCCUGCGACAGAGAGAGGACGAGGAUGCGAGAUAUGAACAACGCCUUUGACCUGUUGCGGGAGCGCCUGCCCUUCUGCCGACCCCCGGGCAAGAAGUGCUCCAAGAUAGACAGUCUGAGUGGGCGAGACCGUUUUCCUUCUAAGCUGGAGACUCUGAGAUUGGCUAUCCGCUACAUCCGUCACCUGGCCAAUACUCUCUCCUGUCCUGUUGACGCCAUUUAUCCGGACUACGACCCUCCGCCCUACAACGUCACCUCUGUCCCACCAAAUCUCCGACUCCAGCAGAGACUCUAUGUACCACAGUCCGUCUCAGCGCACUCAUCUGCCUUAGCUCUAUACUCCUCUGGCCCUUCACUGGAGGGACUGGACUACCCCUACGUGCCUCAGACCCUCACCACCUCCAUGUCCCACGAUUACCUCAGAGAACCUUUCUGGCAAACUGAUACACCACUUCCAGAGUAUCAGUACUAAUAAGGAGUAGCAUAUCAUCUACUUAGAUAAGUACCACGUUGCUCAAGUUCAACCAAUCUAGUCUAACCUUGGCUGGGACGUUGUUUAUUGAUUUAGGUACUUGUAAUAACAUUUGUCAUAUUAUGUUUUACUUCUUGAAUGAUAAACAAGCUUACCUAUAGUAAUUAUUUAAUGCGUACAUUGAUGGCAUAAGUCUUUGAAUGCUCCCCAUACUUUGCAUGUCUGUCUGUGUGAUAGGGUUUCCGGGCUGCCUGUGUGCGUUCCUGUUGAUAGUUAAGGUAAUUUAUCUCCUUUAAUUUUGUUAUCGCCAGAAUUGUAGUGUAGGUUUAAUUGUCAAUCUAAGAAUGUAGCAGCUGUUGAGAAGUGGAAAACAGAUGAAAACUGAAAAAAGAAGAAGAAAAAAGGAAAAAAAAAAAAAAACUGCACGUCGUUCUUGGUGAUAUUAAUUAUUAUAGAUUUAGACCGAAUGAUCCCCGUGAUAAUUAAUUAGUGAUUAGAAGUAGUGACAGUUCCACAACUCUUCUUAGUCUGUUGAGUGGGAAGAUUUAUUUACCAAUGUUUGUGCAUUCAUUUCCUGUUAAACUGACAGUAAAUGUAACAUGUACUACACGGCCGUUGAUUAGGAGUCGAUCCAGAUUCACUUUAUCGCUUCGAACAAAAAAGUAUAGCGUUUAUUUCACCAAGUACACUACAUCUGGAUUUUGGGAUUAUUACCAACUGCAAAGGAAGUUUCUAUUGAUAUCACGUGGUUGGCCAAAGCAGACAUAUGAUUAUGAAUGUAGGGUUCAUAGGAAGUGCAGGUGAUAACAUGAAGAACAGAGAGGGAGACCACUGUAGUGAAGUGUGAAGAGAGGAUAGGUAGUAGAGAAUGAAUGGGGAAAAAUAGAAGUCUGAACAUUAUUGGCAGAUGUUUAGAGAUCAAACUUCGAUUGAGUGAGUCCAGACUGACCUUAGAGAGCAAGGGCUGUUCAGGGAGCCGCAGAUAAGACAAUCGUUAGGUGAAUAAAACAGAUCUUUCAAGUUUAUUAUUAUUAUUAUUAUUAUUAUUAUUAUUAUUAUUAUUAUUAUUAUUAUUAUUAUUAUUGUUAUUAUUGUUCUGUUUUUGCAUUGUAAAUAUGAUGAUUUCAGUUGUUUCCUACAUUACAUGAUAAUAUACAAUUGAUUUACUUUAGCAUUAUAGGUCUGGUAACACUGCAAAUCAGUAUAUUUAUGAUUGACAUCUGCUCUGCAUUACAUAUUGUUGUACCUAGUCCAUAUAGCCUACCUACAUGCAUAUCAAACAUCUUGGCUUAUUUUUUCUUAUUUAUUUAUAUGUACUACAGCUUGAUUUUUCUAUAUAAUUUUAGAUAAUAACCUAUUCACAUUUAAUUGUUCUUCUAAAGUUCUAACCCUGCGAGGACCGUACACACCAAGGAAUAUACAGAGUCCUUGGUACACACCCACGUUCAUCCCACGUUACUUCACUGUCUUUGCUCUGAAUCCAUCAAUCCACCAUCACCUGUUGUGGUAACAGUAUCAAGCUUAUCUCUCUGUCUCACAUCCACAUACCAUAUCCUACUGUCUCUGAUGCCUCGGUUGUGCAUGGAACGCCCGGCACGGUGGUUGGCCAAUAGAGCCUCCACUUCGCCUCAGCUAUACACUCUUCAUUAGCUCAGGUCCUCUCCCUCAAAUUAGUACUUAUUUCACACAUGUAUUCAUUUACCAUAUCCUUUCACUUUGUUUGCCUUUUUCUAUAUGAGACUUUACUCGCAUACAUAUUUGUUCCAAUUGUUCCAUCCUUAUCACUCAACAUGUCUUUUUCAAUACUCGCUUCCACACCAUUUUGACGUCCCAUUGUACGCCCGUGUCUUUGGAUUGAUCCAUGCUUCACUGUUAGCAAGAUUUUUUUUUCCUUUAUCCUAUGUACAUACUUUGCUUAUGAUCAUGUUAACAUUCUUUGUUAUCAUAACCCUCUCCCCUAUUUCUUUUUAUUAAUAUUUUUUCGAUGAGUCCUCAAAUGUAAAGUUUUCUCAAUUCGCCCUUUUUAAUUAUUAUAUAAAUUUUUACUGCCAGAUGUAUUAGAAGUCAUUCAUCUUGCUAUUUUUUGCCACAGUGAUUGAUUGACUUAUCUAUCUGCCUCCAUUAACUACCAAAAACCUUCAUCUUAUUGUUAUAUAAUGUUUAUUUUCUCCAUAUUUCCACUGCUAUUUCAUUUUUAUCUGACCUGCAUAUUCCUCCCACACCUUUUUACUCGCUAUUUCCAACGUUUCUACUCAUAUCAUCACUUCAGAGUGUCCUUUUUCCUUUUCCAAGCUUUCCUAUGGUGUUAGGUAGUUAUUAUCAUUUCAAGACCUCUUAUUUCCUUUCUCGUUACCAUUUCCUCACUUCUUGAUCAUUGUUGAAAAGACUUUUACAUGUUGGUUAUCCAUAUCUCCCUAAUGUUAUUUAUCUAUUUAGGUAUUUAUUUAUUUAUUUUCAUCUAGGCACUUAACCUCUACGUAUAUUUUAACCUAAGAGGCAUUGAAUUAUUUAUUUAUUUUUUUUUUUAGCUUUUCCCUGAAUUGAAUCACACCAUACAACUCCUUCCUCUCUUUACCACACCCACCAAUUCUUCACCCUUAUGUUGUUCAUUGUUCCACAGCCUUCCAAGUGUUUUCCUGUAUUCUUAUAACAUUCAACCUCCCUUUUAAAACUUUCUACUAUCUUCCUCUUCUUAUCUAAUCAGCCUACUCUUUUCUUUUCAUUAAUAUAAGCAGCUUUUAGGCCAUAUUCCGUCCCAGUCACUAUGUACAGGUGGGAUCUCUCCGUCUGGUCCGUCCUUGAACAUAUCUCACCAUUCUCUCAUAUAAUCACACAACCUUGUUCCUCACUCCUUCAACUCUUAGUUAUCAUCUACACUUAUUCGCUUACAAUUUAACCAUACAUUAUAUCAAUAUACGCAGCAGGCUGAAUUUUAUGACAACUAUGGUUUCUGUGCCAUUCAUAGUGGAGGGAAAAAAAUAAUAAAUAAAAAAUAAAAUAAAAAUCGGUCGUGAUGAAAACAGUUUGAAGAACACUUAUAUAAUACACUAUGGUUUGUUCACUCAUAUCAUUAGGAUUAUGUUCUGCUCCAUAUAUUCUUAGACAAUUUCUUUAGAUGCAUUUGAUGAUUACUAGAAUUUAGCGUGUCUGAUUAAAUGUAUUUUAAUGUAUUUUUAUUAACAGGAACUCAUCUAGUCACGAAUUCUUUUUUGCCAAAGACUCUAGUGCAAAAUUAAGACUAGGAACAUUUGUAGAAAUUAGAUUAUUAAAGGUGUAAGGAUUA